CCUUCCCUACCCUACCCUCCCCGUUCCCACCCACCCUCGACAUCCACACCACCAACCAAACAGAUCCCCGAGGGAGACCGGCGCCGCCGAGCCCUCGCCGACUCGCUCCGCCGUCCCCGAAGACGAAGCGAUCGUAAGGGGGGCAGCAGAAGGAUUAAGUGGGUGAAAUUGCCCAAAGGACAGGAAAUUGUGCAUUAGUUUGAAUGGCUUCUUCAAAGCUCCAGGCCUUUUGGAACCAUCCAGCUGGCCCUAAAACCAUUCAUUUCUGGGCGCCAACAUUUAAAUGGGGUAUCAGCAUUGCCAACAUUGCUGACUUUGCUAAGCCACCUGAAAAGAUAUCCUAUCCUCAGCAAGUUGCUGUUGCCUGCACUGGAAUAGUUUGGUCAAGGUACAGCCUGGUUAUCACACCGAAAAACUGGAACCUCUUCAGUGUUAAUGUUGCAAUGGCUGGUACAGGCCUGUAUCAGCUUUCACGGAAGAUAAGGCAAGAUUACUUUUCUGAUGAGAAGGAUGCUGCUGCACAACUGGAAGGGUAGCGACGACCGACACAAAUAACUGAUUAAAACGAUCUAGAGUCUUGGGAGUCAUUCUGGGCUGGAAAGGCAUGGCUUUCAAUCCAGGACAGGGAUCUGUUGUUUGUUUCCAUGUUCUUCUGCAGUCGUGAGAAUACCAAUGUAAAAUUUUUUGCCAAAACAAAUCCAUGAAAUAAUCUUCUUGUGCAUUUGUGGAGAAGAAGAGGAAUCAUACAGAUGUAUCUUUAAAUGUUUUGCUGUUGCUCAGUCGAAAUCUAUGUUUGGGAAUUCAA